UAACUGUGAAGACCGUUUCCUGCGACCGUCCAACCAGAAGGGUCUACACCGAGGGGUAGCCACAACACGACGCCUCCUGAGCCGACCAAGCUGACAGCCAAUCAAGAGAGUCACCUAAAGGAUAUCCCGGGAGCUACUCAUUGAGAUAUCCGUGGGAUUGCCUUCGUCUGUCUGGGAUAAUUUGGGAUAUCCUCAGGAUAAAGUGUGCUGUGUGGGUUACGGCCGGCUAGGCCGUUAUUUGUUCUCGGAAGUCUGUAUUAAAUUAAAUCUCUCUGAUAAAAGCGUGUGAGACAUUAAAGUGGAUAGACCUAACCUCCCCGGUGGGCUGGGGCCGGCGGAUGGCCACGUGCCAUCCCCGCCUUCGCCUCCAUAUGAAGAGAUAUCGAACGAUCUGAAGAAAUUUUGCACACAAAUCAGUAAAAAUAUGUCUCAAGAAGAAGUCAUGGAUAUAAGCCCGGUGGAAAUAACGUCUGCAAAGAGAGCUCUUUCAACAGAAGGUGAGUCGGACAAUCGUCAGCCUCCCCCCAAAAAUCAAAAGAAGAUCCGAAAGCCCCCUUCCAAGGAGGCUAAGGAACAUGAGGCAGCCUCAACUUCAUCUGAAAUAGUGACCGGCACGCAGUCCAAGGACCUCCCAGUGAAAUAUGGUGCCUUUACAAAGGCCCCAUAUGUUUUACACUUUAGACUGCCCUCCUCAAAGACGGACAAGGAAAAGACGAGAAAGAGGACCUCCCUGCUAAAGGUAUCAAAAAUGCUUGCUAAUGCCAACGUCAAAUUUUUGAAUCUAAGAAACUAUUCGUUCGACAUGUGGGUGGCUACUUUUCCCACGAAAACGGCAGCUAAUGCAGUACUCUCUAAUAAAUAUAUAAAAGAUGCAGGCUUUGCUGUUUUUAUUCCGGCAUACAAGCUAACACGCAAGAUGGUCAUCAGAAAUAUUCCUAUAGAAUUUUCUCUAGAAGAAAUAAAGAAGGCAAUAGAGGAGGAAAACUCCGACAUUAUGAUACAUAAUAUUUUUAGAUUAAAGAAGAAGGAUCGCACCACUGCCCUAUGGACCGACUCAGAAAAUAUAUGUGUGCAAAAAAUGGGGGAGGACAUCCCAGAGAGCCUCCUUAUCAUGCGCACAAUAAACACAGUCACACCCUACAUCUCAUCGGUCAGACUAUGUUAUAAAUGUGGCUAUUUUGGUCACAUUAGCAAAUACUGCGAAAGGAAUCCAAGAUGUCUUCAAUGUGGAGAGAGUGAUCACCAAAGCUCAAAGGAUCAGCCGUGCCAAAAGGAAAAAAAAUGCAUAAACUGCUCCGGUUCUCAUUCAACCACAGAUAGAGAGUGCCCUCUUUACGUUAGAAACGCUGAAAUAGCAAGAGUGAUGGCUUAUGAUAAUCUCUUUGAGGCCAAAACUCUGGUUAUCAGGCAAGAAAAGAAGACACCUGUAAUAACACCGCCGAAAACAAUCAAGAAUUUUCCCCUUCUCCCACAAAAGAAGGGAGUGUCUUUGGUCGACAAUCCGGCUAUGUUCCAGUCAUCAGUCAAGAGCGAUCGGUUAUGGACACAAUUAUUCACCCAUUGCGCGGCAGAGGUUAAGGCUAGAGCGUACCGCCUGCUGGACUGGCUGCUGGAAUUAGAAGAAAUUGAUGACCUAUUUGACAGGAUGGAGAAGACUUUGGAAAACCACAAGAUAGUAGUGGAACACACAAAACAAAAAAGACUUGGCUAACUAAUCAAAAUACUUUCCUCUUGAGAGGAUUUGACAUAAUUAGGAAGGACAGAGAGAACAGAAAAGGCGGCGGAGUGGCGAUAAUUGUGUCUCACUCUCUUAAGUAUCGAGCCAUCCAGAUACCAUACGAUUGCUUAGGCAAGAUAGAGGUUUGUGCGGCGGAAAUUUUUCUUGUCGGUGAGUCUUUAAUACUAAUAGCAUGUUACCGCCCUCCUAAUUUAGGAGUUAUUACAGAUGACGAAUGGAGUAGAUUUAUUAAUCAAUUUGGAAACCAUAUUUUGGUUAUUUUUGCCGGAGAUUUUAAUGCUCACAAUGGGCAUUGGGGCUUGAAUUAUUCAUGCCCAAACGGUAGAAAUUUAUGAUCGGCUAUUGAGGAUUCGGAUUUUGCACUGGUUGGGGAUGGUUCUCCAACUUUUUGUGGUGACGCUAUUAGAAGCCCUUCUACUAUCGACCUCACUAUUUGUCAUGUAUCUAUGCUACCUAAAAUCUAAAGAACGGUCCUCCCAGACGCAUGGGGUAGCGAUCAUUUCCCGAUCUGUGUCGAAACAUUCUAUUCCCAAAA